AUGGCGUCAAACAGCAACAACAAGCUUUUUCCGGAAACCGACGACCCGAGAAAGAAGUUAAGAGCCUUCAGUAGACAACCGACAGCUCCGCCAGAAAAUCAACAGCAACAAGAGAAACAGAUGAGCAAGAAGAAACAUGAGAAGAUGCAACCAGUUAUAGAACAGAAUCCCAAACGGAUUAUAGUGAAAGGCUAUGGUGGAAGUGGAAAUCAAAAGGAAGGUCAGAAGACAGGAAAUCAACAAGGUAGAAACAAGAAGGACGGUCAACAAGAAGAACCAAUGACGAACUCAUUGAACACCGACCAGACUACUUUGACAGGACUGACUACGAUAGCGGAAAAUCCACCUACCGGGCAAAGCCAAAACACAACUAAUGAAGCAAACCGAACAAUUGAUCAACAAGAUCUAGAAAGUGAUAGCUCGUUAGAAUACGUAGGAAGUUAUCAACAUCCAGAAGAGUCAAGUGAUGAAGAAACCUCAUGGGUGAAAAUGAAGGAGGUAAAGAGAGAGCCGGAAAGUAGUCCUAAGGAAGGAAGGAAGUUACUCACCGGAUUAGUAUCCAGCCCUUCAAUGAGAAAAGGGAAGCAACGAGAAACCAGACAACCGACACCUGGGCCUUCGAGAAGCCAAGCGGCUGCCCUGUUAGAAAUAAGGGAGGCACUCGACAAAGAAGACUACGGGAAACAUGCCGAACUAAUGACAGCGUACCUGUUACGGUAUAAUCCGGAGAAGAUUCAAGUCCUUGCAAGCGAAACAGAGCAAGCACCUCAACUGAGAGAGGCACCUACAGCCCGAGCCGCCAAUCCUAACCCCCAAACCGCACAACCUAGUGCACAAGUUCCCUUAAAAACAAACCCAACGGUACAUCCUUUGCCGAAGACCUCUUCAAAGUCAGAAAAGGCAAAACCUUCCAGCGCAGUGAAGAACAUACCCAAGGGUAGACCGAUGUCGGACGAAGAAGACGAAGUAGAGUGUCAAAAGGAAGGAAGAGGAGGAGGAUUUGUCAAGAACGGAAUAGAGUUUGUGGAUGGUCAAGUCCCUAGUCACCACAUGGCACAACUGACAGUGUUCUGGGACAAUCGAAUCCGAAAGUUUAAAGGAUACGUGCCGGUGUCGAUGUUCAAUCAGGCCUGGUUAUAUGCCAAUGCGCAAGUAGAAGGCAAGAAAGCAUCAAAGAAGAAAAAGAAGGAUAACGACUCCGACUCGGAAGAAGAGACUUACGAAGGACUGGUCUACCCAAACGAACUACGUCUAUCGUACGGCGACUGGAUAACUUGCUUUAAUCUUAUGCUAGAUUACCUAAGACGAUGGUUUGACUUCAAAAAGCUCGCCAAUAAGUUUGAAGGCCAUAAGCGCAACGUCGAAAAUAUCAAAGCAGAAAAUGACGAUAAUUGGAUGAUUGCAUUACGGUACGACAUCUUGCUAAGGCGACAGAUAUGGACAAUCAGAGUAGAAGGUGGAAAAGUAGGAGAUCCAUCAAAUGCCCUCAAACCAUUCGAAGUCUCAUAA